AUGAAGCAAUUCACAGAGGUCAUUGAUAUUGAUUCGCUACCAACCACCCGCGACACAACUACUUCUUUUGAAACAAUUAAUCAACCUGGACCCUCGGCCUCUCGCCUUUCUCCUUUUGCUCAAUCCAAUAAUAUUGCGUCCAGUUCGCCUUCGUACAUUGCGCCAAGGUCGGAAUUUUUUAACUCUGCCAUCUCGAACGAUGGACCUAGCGGGACGCCCUACAGGCCUUUAUCUAUAGACACACUUGUCUAUGCUAUACAUGAAGAACCCUGGCCCGCAAACACUGCCGCACCCUAUGCAUUUAUCGCACACACUCUUGUGACGCUCUCCGAGACGCGCUCUCGUAUAGUUAUCAUCAACACCCUGACAAAUUGCCUCCGUACGCUAUUACGCUAUAACCCCUCAUCCCUACUUCCAGCACUCUAUCUCCUCUCUAACACUUUAUCGCCGCCCUAUUCACCUAUCGAACUUGGAAUAGGUAGUUCUGUCAUCUCAAAGGCUAUCCAGCAUGUCUCUGGGCUAACUCCUGCCGCCCUCAAAAGGCUAUAUAAUGCCUCAGGUGACCCUGGAGAUGUCGCUUUUGAGGCCAAGUCCAAUUUGCGUACUUUGGUCCCGCAUCCUCCGCUUUGUAUCACGGCCGUAUAUGACUCACUUAUAAAGAUCGCAAAUGUCAAGGGACAGGGUGCCAAUAAACAGAAGCAAACUAUAGUGGAAAAACUGCUUGUCGCAGCCAAAGGAGAAGAAGUCAGAUUUCUUGUUCGGACAUUAUCAAUGAAUCUUCGUGUUGGGGCUGUUAGAACAUCAAUUCUUACGGCCCUUUCCAGAGCUAUGGUUUUGACACCGCCCUCCAAUAUGUCUACGCCCUUAUCCAUAGAUUCAUCCUAUUACACAAACCCUAACCUUCUCGCCGCAGUGAAACCACUUUCCACGGACAGCAAGAGAAAGGUUGCUGAUGAAUCUAGGGACCGGGUGCUUGCGAAGUUCUCACUUGCAGAGAGUUUAGUCAAGAAAGUAUUUGUACAACACCCAAAUUAUGAUCACAUAGUUGCUGGUCUUUUUGAGGGCGGUUUAGAUGGGUUGGCCGAACGUGUUCCGCUUACCAUAGGGAUUCCUCUGCACCCGACUUUGGGUUCUCCCACUCGAUCUCUGGAUGAGAUAUACGAUCGUCUCGGCGAUUUAUCAUUCACCGCUGAAUUUAAGUAUGAUGGACAGCGUGCCCAAAUCCAUGGUUCCAAAGAUAAGGACGGGCAAGUCUUCGUUCGCAUUUUUUCUCGUCACUUAGAAGAUAUGACGAGUAAGUACCCCGACAUUGUAUCCUUGGUGAAGUGUGUUUUCGCCUCUUCGCCGGAUCUACAAUGUUUUAUCAUGGAUGCGGAGAUAGUUGCUAUUGAUCCCGCUCAUGGUAGCCUUAAGUCAUUUCAAGAGUUGUCAAACAGAGCCCGAAAAGAUGUCAAUAUACAAGAUGUUAAAGUUGCUGUGUGCGUAUUCGCAUUUGAUCUUAUGCUUUUGAAUGGCGAGAUACUUCUUGAACGCCCCUUUCGUGAGCGGCGUUCCCUACUGCGAGUUAACUUUCCUCCCCAAAUUCCUAAGGAACAGGGAGCCGCUCGUCUGGACCAAGUCGACAGUUUUGACAGCGAGGAGGGUCGGGGUCAUGUUGAGGACUUUUGGAUGAAAGCGGUAGAAAGUCGGUGUGAAGGUUUGAUGAUUAAAUUACUUGACAGCGGGGAAGUUCCGGAGGAGUUUUCGCUGCAAAAGGACAAAGUUAAAAAGAAACCCCUACCAGCCACAUAUGAACCUGAUAAACGCACUUCUGCAUGGUUGAAGCUCAAAAAGGAUUAUGUGCUAAGUAUAGGAGACAGUCUUGAUCUCGUCCCUAUAGGCGCAUGGCAUGGUAAUGGUCGUAAGGCUGGCUGGUGGAGUCCAAUUUUGUUAGCAGUACGGGAAUCGACUACAGGAGAUCUUGUUGCUGUGUGUAAAUGCAUGUCUGGAUUUUCUGAUGUUUUCUACAGAGAAAUGAAGUCGAGAUUCCCAGAAGAUUCAGAUACGUGUUCACGGCUGCCGCAGUGGGAAUGCAUCACCGGAGGCUUCGAUCCAGAUGUCUACUUCAAACCUCGGGAAGUGUGGGAGAUACGUGGUGCAGAUGUUACAUUGAGUCCUGUUUCCUUGGCUGCGAUGGGCUUGGUAUCCCAGACUAGGGGCCUAAGCCUUCGAUUCCCCAGAUUUAUCAGGGUCAGGGAUGACAAGUCGAUAGAGCAUGCGAGUACAUCGGAAUUUCUCGCGGACAUGUGGAGAGGUCAGCAAGGUAAAGUAAAAGAUGAUCAAGCAUGCGGUGCCGAUGACGGGGAACUUGUGGAUGUGGACUUGGAUGAUGAGGUGGAAGAGGAAGCGGAAGAUACAUAA